AUGAACGCUUCACUAGACCAAAAGUUACAUUAUCUGGAGACACUUUGUCAAGAGGUGUACAAUCCAAAAUCUCAAGAACAGCGGGAGAAUGCAGAAAAAUUAUUAGAUUGUGCCUUUCCCACAUUCUCUGACUCAUCUAGUGCUGGUGCAAAUAGCGGCAACACGUCGCCGAUACUUCCAAAUCCACUUGGUGUUCAUAUUCACACGCCGGCAGAGUCGUCGGCUUAUUGUCAAUGGCUGUUAAAGAAUUCUGCGUCGCCAUAUGCCCAGAUGUUUGCAUCAGGAAGGCUAAAGACUUUAGUGACAGAUCACUUUUCAAUGUUCACAAUGCAGCAGAAAUUAGAUCUGAGUACGAACCCUGAAUACCAGCCAUUUGUUAUCUCAUCAUUGGCUCAACUGUUUGCAGCAAUCACCAGAGCCGGAUGGUCUGAGGGAGAUGAGUUCCGGCUUGUCACAAACGAUUUAUCUAAUUUUUUGCAGGCAACUGUCGAUCACAAGAUUGUCGGGCUACAAAUAUUGGGCAUUGUUGUGUCGGAUAUAAAUCAAGCGUCAAUCGCAGGACGGAAUAUAAAUAAAUUACGGAAAACAGCUGUCAGUUUCAGGGAUCAGCAGCUUUUGAAGAUAUUCCAGCUAGGAAUGGCUAAUUUGCGUCAGAUUCUUCAUAGAGAAGUGCCUUACACGAAGUCCAAUCAAGACUCGAGAAUAAAAGAAGCAUGUCUGACAUUACUUCGUAAUUGUCUGGCAUUUGAUUUCAUUGGCACUAUCCCUGAUGAGUCUGGCGAAGAUAUUGGAAGCAUUCAAGUUCCCAUGUCAUGGCGACAGACUGUCGAAGAACCAACUUUCCUUCAGACUCUGUUUGAUUGUUACAAGCAAUUCCAACCACCCCCGUCCAGUCAAGUUAUGGAAGUUCUAGUACAAGUCUCGUCGAUUCGACGGUCUUUAUUCAAUGAGGAUGAACGCUCGAAAUUUUUGUUUACGUUAAUGCAAGGAACUAGUGAGAUCCUCCUGACAUCUAUUGGAUUGGAAAACGUAAACAAUUACCACGAGUUCUGCAGGCUUCUUUCCAGAUUUAGAUCAACACAUCAGUGUAAUGAAAUUACAGAAAAACCCGGCUAUGGGGAAUGGUUAGACUUGGUGGCUAAUUUUUCAGUAAAAGGGUUUCAAGCAUGGCAGUGGGCACCAAACAGCGUGCAGUACUUGCUCACUUUUUGGAGUAAGAUGUUGUCGUCAACAGGGGCAUCGAACGCUACCACGAGCCGGCUUGAGCGCAUUGCUCCUCAGUUGAUGCGGGCAUACGUGGUUUCACGUAUAGAUUCUGUAAAUGUAGAUGGGGGGGCUAUCGAUGACCUUUUGGACAACGAAGACGCGCAGAUAACAGAAUUUGAACUUUUGGCGACCAUUGCGCGUUAUAAAUACGACGACUGUAGCGCUGUCAUAAUGGAGACAUUUGACCCUAUAGCGUCAACAUAUCAGAACCUGAUGACACAAGCAUCAACGGGAGUUGGUAAUAGCUCAUCGUCUUCAGCUAUGGAAGCUGUGCAAACAAAGUUUGCUUGGCUGGUGUACAUGAUCGGUGGGCUUGUGGGCGGAAGACAGACAUAUAUCAGCAGCGAAGAACAGGACUAUAUUGAUGGCGAGCUGUCCUGCAAGGUACUCCAGCUGAUGAAUGUCAAUCAGUCAUGGAACGCGCCGAAUGUCGGGCACUUCGGUUGCGAAAAGUUAGAAUUAUCAUUUGUAUACUUCUUCGGAACAUUUCGAAAAAGUUAUAUAGGUGAUAAUUCUCACAAAGUAUCCAAAGUUUUCGGCAAACUAUCAGAGAACUUUGCGAUCCACGAUCAGACGAUGCUUCUCAAUGUGAUCGUGCAAAAGCUUGCAACAAAUCUUAAGAUGUGGGCGAACAGCCCUCAAAUAAUCCUACGAAGUAUUAAUUUGCUCAACGACUUUGCAGCUGGGUAUUUAGAAGACUCUUCGCAUCACUCACGGGUUGUUGCACUCCGCGUUAACUUUUACUUGCAUUCACGUGCACGCAGCUAUAGUUCCGUGAGACUUCUCCGCAAACUCGAAACCGUUCAGUACAUAAUUCAAAACCACUCCAUUAAGAGUUUUCCAUUCCUUGGAGUGCCGGAGAAUUUUAGAAAUCGAAUGAAAUAUUACGCUGCUCUGUCCAAAAUACUAUUCGCAGACGAAAACCCGGAACUCGAUUUUGACGAAUUUAUUAAGCCAUGGGAUGAAACACUGCGCGAACUUGAGACAUUCAACACUUUGAGUGAAUUUAGACAACCUGUGGUGAAGGAUACUCUGAUGGGCGUACUAUAUGAUUUGCGUGGUUUUUUGUCCGCGUUACAAGGGCGCAAGCAAUUCACGUUAUUCUUCGACUGGUUUUAUCCCAAUCAUUCCGAAGUACUGCUACACGCCUUGGAAGCCUGGGCUGAUGACCGCUUGGCCAUUGGCAUACUUAAAUUUUAUCUAGAGUUUGUCAACAACAAAGCACAGAGACUAAAUUUCGAGGUUUCCUCACCGAACGGUAUUCUAAUAUUUAGAGAAGCGAGUAAAGUCAUAAAUGCGUAUGGUCGACAGACCCUGGCGAGACCAUCGCUAGGCUCGGAUAAGUAUGCCGACAAAUACAAAGGCAUAACAGUGUGUUUUUUAAUGCUUACAAGAUGCUUUGGUGGACGUUAUGUAAAUUUUGGAGUUUUCGAGCUUUAUGGUGACAAGGCGCUUGAAGUUGCAUUAUCGACAAUGUUUGAAUUGAUACUAAGCAUACCGUUCGAGGACUUAAUGGAAUACCCGAAAUUAUGCAGAGCAUUUUUCCAAUUGAUGGAAAUGUUCACUAAUGAACACAUGACAACACUUCGAGAACUAAACUCGAACGUGUUUCUAUUUACACUCAACCGUUUCUUGACUCUUUCCAAUGUUAUACAUAAUGUAGCGAAUUCCGCAGCAUGUAUUGCUGUAGACAACAUUUGCACGUUUGUCGUGCAACAAAUGGCUAAACAAAAGCCCAACCAGCACUGGCUACUAGUAUAUUUAUCACAAUAUUCCCACAUACUACCGUAUAUGCUAGCAGCCAAUUUUGGGAUGGUUCUUUUCGAAGACCGCCAAAAUCAAUGGUCACUAUCAAGACCUUUGCUAGGGUUAAUCCUCUUGAACAGAGAGUACUUUUUCGAGUACACGCAGCUUAUACUGCAGUUACAAUUACCCGAAAGGAGGGAAACUCUAGCAAAGGCAUUAACAGCACUGAUGGAAGACUUCGAAUGGAAUCUUACGUCGAAAAACAGAGACCGGUUUACACAGAAUCUAUGCCAGUUUAAGCGAGAACUAUCAACGCAUAACGUGGUUUUAGUUCAACCUCCGUCCGACAACAAAUCGAUUAUGUAG